GGCGCGCAGCAGGGGCGGCGGCAGCGGCAACGGCAGCGGCGGCGGCGGCAUCGUCGCCCCGGAGCGGGCGCAGGGUUUGCCACCCUCGGAGUACGGAGCUCACAGCAGUGGAGGAGACAGAGUUGAACUUGGUCACGUAGUCCCCAGAGCCAGCAAGUCAUGGGUCCCAUUGUGCCACUCCUGAUGUCUCUGAUGUGACCAGAAGAUGUGGAGGGGAGCUGUCCCGACCAUGUAGAUGCCAACCCCAGGGAUCAGCAUGGACCCUACUGAAUGGAGACUCCUGGGUCAGCAGCCCUGAGCCUCUCCGGCCCCUGGACUUCACCCCACUCCAGGGGACACUCCUCAGAGCUCUCCAGUGCUGUUGCCAGUCCACCUCAGCCAUCACCUCCUCCUGGGACUUGGAGUCAGCCACCUCAAGCUACUACCCUCUGGUGAGAGUAUACUGAGGACAGCCACACACAGCCAUCACCCAGAAGCCCCUUUUCCAGUGCUGACCCUCAGGCCCAGCCUGAGCAGAGACUUCAGCAAACAUGGGUGAUAUGACCAACAGCGACUUUUACUCCAAAAACCAAAGAAAUGAGUCAAGCCAUGGGGGCGAGUUCGGGUGCACCAUGGAGGAGCUGCGUUCCCUCAUGGAGCUGCGGGGCACCGAGGCUGUGGUCAAGAUCAAGGAGACAUAUGGGGACACCGAAGCCAUCUGCCGGCGCCUCAAAACCUCACCUGUUGAAGGUUUGCCGGGCACCGCUCCAGACCUGGAAAAGAGGAAACAGAUUUUUGGGCAAAACUUCAUACCUCCAAAGAAACCAAAAACCUUCCUGCAGCUGGUGUGGGAAGCACUGCAGGACGUGACGCUCAUCAUCCUGGAGAUCGCGGCCAUCAUCUCCCUGGGACUGUCCUUCUACCACCCACCCGGAGAAAGCAAUGAAGGGUGUGCCACAGCCCAGGGUGGGGCAGAGGAUGAAGGUGAGGCAGAAGCAGGCUGGAUUGAGGGGGCUGCAAUCCUGCUGUCAGUCAUCUGUGUGGUCCUGGUCACAGCCUUCAAUGACUGGAGUAAAGAGAAACAGUUCCGGGGCCUGCAGAGCCGCAUUGAGCAGGAGCAGAAGUUCACCGUAGUCCGGGCCGGCCAGGUGGUCCAGAUCCCUGUGGCUGAGAUCGUGGUCGGGGACAUCGCCCAGAUCAAAUAUGGUGACCUCCUUCCUGCCGACGGCCUCUUCAUCCAGGGCAAUGACCUCAAGAUCGAUGAAAGCUCGCUCACAGGGGAGUCUGACCAGGUGCGCAAGUCUGUGGAUAAGGACCCCAUGCUUCUGUCAGGGACCCAUGUGAUGGAGGGCUCAGGACGAAUGGUGGUGACUGCUGUGGGUGUGAACUCUCAGACUGGCAUCAUAUUUACCCUGCUGGGAGCUGGUGGUGAAGAGGAAGAAAAGAAAGACAAAAAAGGUGUGAAGAAGGGGGAUGGCCUUCAGCUACCAGCGGCCGACGGCGCAGCACCUGCAAACGCUGCAGGUAGCGCAAAUGCCAGCCUAGUCAAUGGUAAAAUGCAGGAUGGCAGUGCCGACAGCAGCCAGAGCAAAGCCAAGCAGCAGGAUGGGGCAGCCGCUAUGGAGAUGCAGCCCCUGAAGAGCGCAGAGGGUGGCGAUGCGGAUGACAAGAAGAAAGCCAACAUGCACAAGAAAGAGAAGUCGGUGCUUCAGGGCAAGCUCACCAAGCUGGCUGUGCAGAUCGGCAAGGCGGGCCUGGUGAUGUCAGCCAUCACGGUAAUCAUCCUGGUGCUCUACUUCACCGUGGACACCUUCGUGGUCAAUAAGAAGCCGUGGCUGACGGAGUGCACACCCGUCUACGUACAGUACUUUGUCAAGUUCUUCAUCAUUGGUGUGACGGUGCUGGUGGUUGCUGUGCCCGAAGGCCUCCCCCUGGCUGUCACCAUCUCACUGGCCUAUUCUGUGAAGAAAAUGAUGAAGGACAACAACCUAGUACGCCAUCUGGAUGCCUGUGAGACCAUGGGCAAUGCCACAGCCAUCUGCUCAGACAAGACAGGCACACUGACUACCAACCGCAUGACCGUGGUACAGGCCUAUGUCGGCGACGUCCACUACAAGGAAAUCCCGGAUCCCAGCUCCAUCAAUGCCAAGACCAUGGAGCUGCUGGUCAAUGCCAUCGCCAUCAACAGCGCCUACACCACCAAGAUCCUGCCCCCAGAAAAGGAGGGUGCCCUGCCCCGGCAGGUGGGCAACAAGACAGAGUGUGGCCUGCUGGGCUUUGUGCUGGACUUGAGGCAGGACUACGAGCCGGUGCGCAGCCAGAUGCCAGAGGAGAAGCUGUAUAAGGUGUACACCUUCAACUCCGUGCGCAAGUCCAUGAGCACCGUCAUCAAGAUGCCGGACGAGAGCUUCCGCAUGUACAGCAAGGGUGCCUCGGAGAUCGUGCUCAAAAAGUGCUGCAAAAUCCUCAGCGGGACAGGGGAACCCCGUGUCUUCCGGCCCCGCGACAGAGAUGAGAUGGUUAAGAAGGUGAUCGAACCCAUGGCCUGUGAUGGGCUCCGUACCAUCUGUGUGGCCUACCGUGACUUCCCCAGCAGCCCUGAGCCUGACUGGGACAAUGAGAACGACAUUCUCAAUGAACUCACAUGCAUCUGUGUGGUGGGCAUUGAAGACCCAGUGCGACCUGAGGUCCCAGAAGCCAUCCGCAAGUGCCAGCGGGCAGGUAUCACAGUCCGCAUGGUCACCGGUGACAAUAUCAACACAGCCCGGGCCAUCGCCAUCAAGUGUGGCAUUAUCCACCCUGGGGAGGACUUCCUGUGCCUAGAAGGCAAAGAAUUCAACCGGAGGAUCCGCAAUGAGAAGGGGGAGAUCGAGCAGGAGCGGAUUGACAAGAUCUGGCCAAAGCUGAGGGUGCUGGCUCGGUCCUCGCCCACGGAUAAGCACACCCUGGUCAAAGGCAUCAUCGACAGCACACACACUGAGCAGCGGCAGGUGGUGGCUGUGACAGGGGACGGGACCAACGACGGGCCUGCUCUCAAGAAGGCAGAUGUGGGCUUCGCAAUGGGCAUCGCAGGCACGGAUGUGGCCAAGGAGGCCUCAGACAUCAUCCUGACGGACGACAACUUCAGCAGCAUCGUCAAGGCAGUGAUGUGGGGCCGUAAUGUCUACGACAGCAUAUCCAAAUUCCUGCAGUUCCAGCUGACUGUCAACGUGGUGGCUGUGAUCGUGGCCUUCACAGGUGCCUGCAUUACACAGGACUCCCCUCUCAAGGCUGUGCAGAUGCUUUGGGUGAACCUCAUCAUGGACACGUUUGCCUCCCUGGCACUGGCCACAGAGCCACCCACCGAGACUCUGCUCCUGAGGAAACCUUACGGCCGCAACAAGCCUCUCAUCUCACGGACCAUGAUGAAGAACAUCCUGGGCCAUGCCGUCUACCAGCUCACCCUCAUCUUCACCCUACUCUUCGUGGGUGAGAAGAUGUUCCAGAUCGACAGUGGGAGGAACGCACCGCUGCACUCACCGCCCUCAGAGCACUACACCAUCAUCUUCAACACCUUCGUCAUGAUGCAGCUUUUCAACGAGAUCAACGCCCGUAAGAUCCACGGCGAGCGCAACGUCUUUGACGGAAUCUUCCGGAACCCCAUCUUCUGCACCAUCGUUCUUGGCACUUUUGCCAUCCAGAUAGUGAUCGUGCAGUUUGGCGGGAAGCCUUUCAGCUGCUCCCCACUCCAGCUGGACCAGUGGAUGUGGUGCAUCUUCAUCGGCCUGGGAGAGCUCGUCUGGGGCCAGGUCAUCGCCACCAUCCCUACGAGCAGGCUCAAGUUCCUGAAGGAGGCAGGCCGGCUCACGCAGAAGGAGGAGAUCCCUGAGGAGGAGCUAAAUGAGGACGUGGAGGAGAUCGAUCACGCGGAACGGGAGCUUCGACGUGGCCAGAUCCUGUGGUUCCGGGGCCUGAAUCGGAUCCAAACACAGAUUGAAGUAGUCAAUACUUUCAAGAGCGGGGCCUCCUUCCAGGGGGCCCUGCGGAGACAGUCCUCCGUCACCAGCCAGAGCCAGGACAUCCGCGUCGUGAAGGCGUUCCGUAGCUCUCUCUAUGAAGGGUUAGAAAAACCCGAGUCUCGAACCUCCAUCCAUAACUUCAUGGCUCAUCCUGAAUUCCGGAUCGAAGAUUCCCAGCCCCACAUCCCCCUCAUCGAUGACACCGACUUGGAAGAAGAUGCCGCGCUCAAGCAGAACUCGAGCCCGCCGUCCUCGCUCAACAAGAACAAUAGCGCCAUCGACAGCGGGAUCAACCUGACGACCGACACGAGCAAAUCAGCUACCUCUUCAAGUCCAGGGAGCCCCAUCCACAGCCUGGAGACGUCGCUUUAGCUGAGGCCCCUGUCGCCUGGCCACCCUCAUGGACCCGCUGCCACCCGCCUCCGGGCGCACACCCUUCCAGGCACCGACUCCCCGACGCAGCAAGGAGCACUGGGCAGAAUCUACACAGCAGAGAGAGAACCCGUUUCCACACACAGACCCUUUCUCUGGCUGCCAAGCUGUUGGAACUCUUUUUCACUCCUAGGCCGCCACGGGCGCGGUUGCCCUGGGGUCAUCUGGAGCAAGAGAGUGGCGUGGAUUUUUUUUUCCAAAAAAAUAAAAAAUAAUAAUAAUAAAUUAAUUUUAAAAAAAGAGCCUUUUCAGGCUCCAGCCCAGACACGGACCAGCAAUGCACCCGCCGGCCACUGCGUCCCCAGCAUGAAUGUACCUGGACACUUUUAACCCCCUCCCUCGUUUGGUUCUCGGAGGGCUGGGGAGGGGAGUUUUUCGUUUUCUUAGGGCGGGAACUGCAAACAGGAACUGCGGAACAGACUGCUGUUCAUUCAGUCCACUGGUCUAUGAGGUUUCAAAUGCUUGCCCAGCAUGGUCUCAGAUGUCUAGAUUAAUUUAAUAACUUUUUGAAAUCACAGAAUAGGUUUGCACCAAUGGAACCCAAGAACUCCACAGACACUCAUGAGGUUAUAUCCGUUUCUUUGUAUCUAUAUCAACGUAUACUUGGAGAUUGUAUACGUGUAUAUAGAUAAGUAGAUAUUAUAUAUAUACAUAUAUAUACAUGGAUAUAUAAAGUUCCUUUGCCGGCAUGUUGCCUUGUUUCUGCUUAAAUUGCUCUAUUUUAACUUAUGUCCUAAAAAGAAGAAUGUAAUUUGUUUACAAACCUGCAGAUAAUGUCUUUGGCUAUUUGUGUGGUUUAAGGACACUGGUGGCCAAGAUGCUUAUGAGCAGCUCGGCCCAACAGACACAUCCCCUGGAUUGCAUCCUUGAAGUUUUACGAUAGCCAUGCUCUGAUUUUUGCCUGCUAUUUUCCGUUCAAUAAUGGCACUACUGUGGGAAGCUCAGGCAGGAAGCCAGUGGCUCCCAAGGAUCCACCCAGAGGAGCUUAGCAACGCGCUCCACCGUAGACAAGGGAGAAGAGGAGAGAGGGUUUCCCGGGUUUGCAACAAGAGUGACUGUCCAAGUCCCAUGACAUCUGUAGUGCACCCGUAGAAGGCUUUUCUCUCAAUGAAACUCGCUUGAGUUUACAGAGAGCAUUUCAGAACUGAGUUGUCUUUGGCACUGUCUGUGAGUCGAGGUAGUGUUCAGAUAUUACAAAUGCUAUUGUGUUGAUUUUUUUUUAAUUAGUAAUUUAGACGUUCCUUUCCUUAUAUACGGCAGCAUAGGCACUGCCGGCAUAUUGGAUGAGGGUUGGUACGGCUUGCUGCUUUUGUUUUUCUUUUUCAAGAAGAAUAGCCUUUUUUCUCUGCACUAUUUAGAUCCGAAUGAACCUUAUGAUGUGUACAUUGAGAUGUAUUCAGUGUGAUUUUUAAACCAAAUUGUCUUCCUGUAGUCACAAUAUAUACUGUAGCCUUUUAACAGCAAGUCCUGCUUUCCCAGACAGAAAGCCAUUCUGAUAUCUUCCCAUGUCACAAGUGAGAAAAGGUGGCUAUCCCUUCCCCCGACGAUAACAGCACUAGUAACCCCACUCAAUAAGAGCUUGUCUGUUGGCCUCUUAACUGCUAAGCACUUUGUGGGUCUCAGCUUUUUUUCAUAAAAGAACUUUUGUAUUUAAUACAAAGUUUGCUUUGAGACUUUUCAGCAUACAAUCUUUUUCCAUAAACUUGUACAGUGCAAAAGACAUUUUGAAUACCAUGAUCGAUGACGUCCCGUGCUUCGAGGAAAACCAAACACUUCCCACCUCACUUGUGAACUCCAUCCUUCACCCCCACCCACCCUUUCCACAACCGGUCCUCGCUCUUCAGCCUGGCCCCCAGCCCUCCUCCAGGCCCAGAGACCUUUUCACUAAAUAAGAUGACAGCCACUUGGGAAAAGAGCCAUAGUCAGCUGGGAGGGCCCACGUCUGGAUGGCUGUGAAAAAAAAAAACAAACUUGAGUUUUGGUUUGGGGUUCAAAGUCUGCCCAUCCCACCUGGCCACAAUCUUUCUG